AGGCAUCCUCGCCCACUGAAGACUGAUCAAGGAUUCCAGUCCAGAUGGAGGUUAGUGCUGGGGGACUAUAACAGGAUAAGAACAAUCUUGCUCACCAGCCAGGACAUGGACAGGACAUGGAGGACAUGCCGCACUGCUACGCCGGGUCAUCAGGGCCAAGGCCAAGAUAAGACCCGAGGAGCCAAGGGGCCUCAUGAACUUUGAGUUGAAUUUCAUCCCGGAUGACUUCCUCCGCUACAACAUCCCCGUGAUAGGACGCCAGUGGCAACGUAGACUGUUCGCCACCCAACAACAACUAGACAUCUUGGCCACGGCGCGCAGCUGGUACAUCGACGGCACGUUCAAGGUUGUUCGGCCACCCUUCGUGCAGAUGUUGUCCGUCCACGCCUUCCUCCGCAGUGGUGGUCAGAUCAAACAGGUCCCACUGGCAUUUGCCCUCAUGUCGGGCAAACACAAGGGAGACUACAGUACAGUCUUCAACGAGCUGCUGGACGCUCUGCCUGAGCACAUCAGUGUUCAGGAGUGCGGCGUAGACUAUGACGAGACCAUGUGGCGUGUCAUCCCCCAGAUGCUGCCGCACGUGCACAUCCGAAGCUGCAGCUUCCACUGGAAGUAGGCAGUGUGGAGGAAAGCCCAUACAUGGAGGAUGAGGGAAUCCACAGCCUGACAGAAACCACCUUG